AUGACGAGUACCCGGCAUCAUUCCAAGCCAAUGUCAGGCGAAAACGGACAGCUAUUCCUACCUACAGUUUCAAAAGUACCAAAUAUCGUACGGUUACCGACCCUACUUGAACCGGAUGUUAAAGCAAUAGCGGCUAGGAGACCACGAAGUGAACGUUGUUUGAAAACUACAAGGUUGCCCUAUGGCUAUGGAUUACCCAGCUUAAACGACCAUGAUUCAAACUUUAUACCCUCUGUCGUGGAACGACCCAAAACUACAGGAAAACGACCCAACACUUCAGAGAGCUCAACUAGAAACUCGAAUCUUUCACCAGCAGAGAAGCAGACUGAAAUAAGCAUCUUCAAAUUGAGCAAGUACAGAAAUCUCAUAAAGCCCGAGAUGAAAGUUACUAAGACUGCUAUAAGUUCUAAAGAGUUUUCAAAAUCAAGUAUUCUUAACAAGAAUUUAUUGGACGAACAUGUUGCGAGAGAAAAAGAUAGUUUUGAUAAACAUGAAAGCAAAAAAACUGAACUGGUAAGAUGGCUUCACAAUUCUGGACAGGAGUGA